UGUUGUUAUUUACCUCCAACGCGAGCAUACAUUUCAUUCUUCAAGUUCAAUAAUUCUUUGAGUGACGUUUUUUCGGAAACAUGAUAGCCAACCGAGCUCGUGUUACGCUGAAAUUCAGCCAUCCAAUCGACUGGUCACAGUCCGUCUUCCGUUCGCCUGUAUGGGCCAUCGUCCGGUCUUGUUCUACAAGCAGCGCCGCAGCGGAGAACUCAUUAAAUACCGACAAGAAUUCCAUUAAAAAUGCACCCAAAGAAUUGGGUGUUAGUGUCGAGUAUCUACGUGGACUGCCUCAACUCACUGUGCCACUGCCGUCCAGGAAAGAGCUCUGUCUCUUCUCGUUGCGACCCGUCACGCACAGCGUCGGCGACCUGAUGGAACAAAUACGAUCUGAAGACCGGGGAAUCGAUCGUGUCGUUUUGAAAACUAUCGAUGGAACGAGAAUUGCUGCAUCGAAUACGAUCGAAUCGCUGAUGGAACAAGACUUUGAUCUCGUCAUUAACGAUGUUUCCUAUCGCGUGACAUCACCGCCUCGCGAACGCAUCUCUAGGGAAGAAAUGGAGAGGCUGUCGGACGUGCAGAAUUUAGUGAUGCAGUUGUACGAAGCCCUGCACGUUGGCGAACACCAACUGAAAAAAGAGCGACAUCUCAUGGCCAAGCUGGAACAACUUCAAUCGCAAAUUCUUCCUUUGGAACAAAAGAAGAACUUGGUGAUGGCUGGUGCCGAAAGGAAAACGGCCACCAUGACGUGGAUCGGCUUAGCUCUGAUGGGCGUCCAAUUUGGUGCUUUGGCCCGUCUCACUUGGUGGGAAUACAGUUGGGAUAUUAUGGAGCCCAUCACUUACUUUGUCACGUACGGAACAUCGAUCGCUUGUUUCGCUUAUUACGUCCUCACCAAACAGGAAUACGUUUUGCCCGAUGUUCGCGAUCGCGAGUACUUGUUGCAAUUCCACAAGAAAGCCAAGAAAGUAGGGAUGAACGUAGCCGAGUAUAAUCGGCUUCAAAACAGCAUCGCCCAGGUGGAGAACGAUUUAAAACGAUUGCGAGAUCCUUUGCGUGUCCAUCAUCCCCCGACGGGCACCAAACCUUUUGAUCCGGCCGAUAUGGGCUCGUGUGGCGAUCAUCAGCUGGUCGCCACGAGUCUUUGGAAUCGGACUCAACUGCGUCUUCAAAAUCUGUUGCGGACUUCCAAACCUCAAUAAUUCUAGGCAAAUUAACUUAAAAAUGCAAAAAAAAAAAAAAAUGAAAAAUAAAAACCCAAAAAAAAACGAAAACGGUUUAUUAACCGAUAUUGAACAGUCGCCAUGACAAGCGCCCAUGACAACAGUGCACAAGUUAUGUAUUGCAUAAUAACAAUUUUCUGGUUACUAAUUUCUUAAUAUUUUGAGCCAACCAAAAAGAAAAGAAAAAAGAAAAAAACAUUAAUUAAAUGUCUAGGCAUUUACUGUCCUCCUGCCAGUCUAACGAGAUUCGAGUGUGUGUAUAAUCUUGUUGUUAAAUCUUCCGGUGUUGGAAAGAAUUUUUUUGAUACAUUUUGCCCCUCCUUCAGUAUUGAUCAUGUUAAUUAGUGCUUUGGCUGCAUUAUUAAUUUUUCUCUCUCUUUCGGUCUCUUGAAAAAAACAAGCAACAAGAAAAAAAAAAAGGAUAUGUAGCUCAUAUUUCGCUAAUUCUAUCCCCUUCCAAACAUUUUCAAUCUUCCUUUAUUUACGAUUAUAAUUCAGCUGUGAUACACAAUCCAUGAAUGAUGA